UACUGCCCUUCACACUCACAAACCACAUCCAUGUCUAACACCGACGGAACCUCUAACGCCGUUACCAACAUUGACACACACCGUCACCACUCACAGCAACAACCAACUAACGGCGCCCUCGUCGUCAAAAAGCCCCCAUCCAAAGACCGACACAGCAAGGUCGACGGACGCGGCCGCCGUAUUCGGAUGCCUAUCAUCUGCGCCGCCCGCGUCUUCCAGCUCACCCGCGAGCUCGGCCACAAGUCCGACGGCCAGACCAUCGAGUGGCUCCUCCGCCAGGCCGAGCCCUCAAUCAUCGCCGCCACCGGAACUGGAACCACUCCCGCCAGCUUCUCCUCCGUUUCCGUCUCCGUACGAGGCGGUGCUGGCUCUCUCUCUUCUCCUUCCUCAACCUCCGCAGCGUCUUCGCUCGACCACAAGCCCUUGCUCGCUCCCACUCCCUUCAUACUCGGCAAGCGCAUACGCACCGACGACGACGCUUCCGCCAAGGACGACGGCGUCUCCGUGGGGCCCGCCGUGGGGUCCUUAGUGGGCCCCGGAGCUCCCGCGGGGCUCUGGGCCCUCCCGGCCAGGCCCGAUUUCGGUCAAAUUUGGAGUUUCGCAACGGCUGCUCCUCCGCCGGAGAUGGUUGUGCAGUCGGCGGCGGUGUCGGUGUCUCAGCAGCAGCAAGCUUCUUUGUUCGUUCACCAUCAACAUCAGCAGCAGCAACAAGCCAUGGGAGAAGCUUCGGCGGCGAGGCUGGGAAAUUACCUUCCUGGACAUCUGAAUUUGCUGGCUUCUUUGUCGGGAGGGCCCGGAAACUCCGGCCGGAGAGACGAUGAGCCUCGCUGAAUUCGCGGUGGUUUUGGUGGCCGAGAUAUGAACUUGGAAGAUGGUGGUGUUUGUUUCGUAUAUAUAUAUAUAUAAAUAUAUAUAUCUUGUUUUGUGUAUGGUUAUCUCUUUGUUCGUUGUGUGUGCAAAGCAGAAGAUGCUGAGUAAAAUUUUUAGGUUUAGGGCUCUUUUGUUUUUAGUUUUUUGAGUGGAGAAGUCCAUGAAUUCAAUUAGGGUUUUUUCUUUUUAAUUUAAUCCCUUCUGGUUUGAAGAAUUAAUUAGGCUUUUUAGAAGUUCAAAAUUGUUUAGAACUCUGGGGUUUUUGCUGGAAGAGAAGAAAAAAAGAUGGGGGGAAGAGAGAGGUGAUGGAUUUGUUUUAAGUUAUUUAUUAUGAUGAAGAUGAAUUGCUGCAGAUUGAGGCUGGAAGCGGUUUUCAGGACCUUGAUCAUCAGUGUUUGCUGUGUGCAAGUGCAAAUGCAGCUUGGAAAUUCAUAAUGUUGGUUGUGAUUAAAAGAAAGCAAGGUUCUCCGAGUUGGAGAGACUAAUAAGCUUUGUAAUGAUAAUGGGAUUGCAUUAUUGGUUGCUUUGGUUUUUGAGUUUUUCACUUACUCUCGUCCAUCAUGUCCUAAAUCCUAAUGGAGUGUACAAGUUUGGUUGUUGUUGCAGCCAGCUCAAGUGCAAUUACUAGUAGAUUUAGUGUUAAUGGUGGUCAAGCUCAACUCAACUUUGCUCCCAAUUUGUUGGAGUACACAACUCAACACAACACACCACACUACAUUCCAAUUCCUGUGAAAGAAUUCAUGUGUUGUUCUUGUUAAUGAUAUGGGUUUUGGCACAGCUUGAUGGAUGGUGAGUGGUGUGGUGAGUAGUCAAUGCUAUCCUCUCUCUCAAUCUCUCUAUCUCUUUCACUUUCACAGCUAGCUCCUUUGCUGGUCUUAAGUUGUUCAUCAUGAUGUUGUUUUCUGAGGUCACUAUAGUGUGUGUGAAAGACCAGUGUUUUGAUAUUUAUUAUCUACAAUUCUUAGCCAUUUCUUAGAUUGAUGAUUAUCAGCGUGAGAAUAAUGCUUUUUUCUUGUAUAUGUAAGAAGUGGGAUUGUUUUUUGGGUUUGCCAGUGAUGUGAAUAAAAACCCAUCUUGUUUUUUCUA